AUGAGCAUGGAUGGAAUAGGCAAGAAGCUGGGUAAUUUGUCCCUGUAUGAAGUCAAGGCAUACGUCAGGAAAGCUCAGAAUGCUGUCUUGAAUCUCAGUGAGAUGGAGGCCAAAGUCCGUGAGGCCACUAAUAACGAGCCAUGGGGCACCAGUGCCAGUUUGAUGAAUGAAAUAGCCCAAGGUACCUACAAUUAUAGAGAACGCAGUGAAAUCGCAAACAUUAUCUUCAGGAGAUUUACUGAGAAGGGCGCCAACGAGUGGAGACAAAUAUACAAGGCUCUUCAGCUGAUGGAGUAUCUGAUUAAGCAUGGGUCGGAGCGAUUCGUGGACGAUGCCAGAGGUAAUAUUUCUUUGGUGACUAUGCUUAGAAACUUCCAAUACAUUGAUUCUCGUGGCGUUGAUAGAGGUGUUAACGUACGUAACAGAGCCAAGAAUCUUGCCAAACUACUCAAAGAUGAAAGUGCCAUUCGUACAGAGCGAAAGAAGGCUAGGGAGUCUGCAAAGAAGUUCGGUGCCGUUACAAACGUUCCUUCUUCCAAAAAAUAUGACAGUGGGUCUAGCGGUAGACACUCUGGUUCCUCUUUUUCAACUUCUGGUGGUUUAGGAAGAUCACAUGGAAUUAGUAUCAGCGCUGAUGAUGAUUUGGAUGAAAGUGACUUUGGUCGUCGUAGCGUUGAUGCAGGGCAUUCUGGUACCAGAGAUCAUGAAGACUUUGAAGAGUAUGACAUUGAAGACGGGAGCCAUGGUCACAUACAAUCUCAUACUUCAAGAACUGCACAUGCACAACCCACUACUGCAUCUACAAACUACAAUGCCCAACCUGAUUUACUAGGGGAUGACAAUGAUAUUUUAAAGAAGAGUGAUGAUGAAGACGAGUUUGACGAUUUUCAAAGCUCUGCUGCUCAAACUCAACCUGCCCCCACCAGUAGCGCCCAAUCCAGUAAUUUGGCUGAUCUGCUUGGUGGUCAAUCUGGCCAACUGUUCUCUUCUACUUACACCACUACUCAAACAUCUACACCUACCUACUCUACCUCGUCUGCAGUUCCGGGCUCUUUCCCAUCUGCUCAAGUGAAUGUGAGCAAUGGAAUUUCAAAGCCAAAAGCUGACGCAUUUAGUUCUUUGUUGAGCAAUGCAAGAUCAAAGAAAAUCAGUCAAAAACCGCAGCCAACAGCAACAAAAUCCGCUGCUAAUGACGAUGAUUCAUUCGGGGCAUUUACCUCUGAGGCUCCGAAGAAGCCAUCAACUCCUCAGCAAGCAAACAAUGGCGAGGUUGAUUUGCUGUCGUUCUGA